AUGGUGCAACAAAGAGAUGAGUUGGGUUUGAGUCUGAGCUUGAGCUUUCCGGGCUCUUUCAAUCACAACCACAAACUUACAAACAAUAACAAUCAGACGGCUCAUGUUUCAUCACCACUGGAGCUGAAUGAUCUCGUGCCUUCUGCAACCCCCAAUCUUGUCCCCGAAAACAACACUCAGAAAUCUCACUCAGGUCCGAAAAUGGAGACAUGCAGAGAGGACCGAAGAUACUCGUUAACAGGAAUAGACCUGAACGGGUUACCAACAGCUGACAUGGGAGACGAAGCUGAUCGUGUGUUGUCGCCCAACAGCACACCAUCAAGUUUGUGCGGAAAUAAAAGGAGUCUAAUUCGAGAGGGUGCCAAUGGUGAAAAUGUUACAGAAUUUUCCAUUGACCAAGAAGAUGGCGAUAAUUCUAGGAAGAAAUUGAGGCUUUCGAUAGACCAGACUGCUAUUCUUGAGGCGAGCUUCAGAGAACACAAUACUCUCAGCCAUAACCAAAAGACUGCUUUGGCGAAAAGACUGGGUUUGAAACAUCGACAAGUGGAGGUAUGGUUUCAGAAUCGGAGGGCAAGAACCAAGUUGAAGCAAACAGAGAUUGACUAUGAGUUCCUGAAGACAUAUUUCCGCGCUCUAACAGAAGAAAACGCGAAGCUGAAAAAAGAGGUGCAAGAAUUGAGGACAUUCAAACUGUCUCCCCAGGUCUCCAUCCCUCCCACCACCCUCACCAUAUGUCCUUCUUGUGAGCAUCUCUCUGAGCCCUCAUCAGCCCCGACCUUCUCAGUGUGUCCAUCAUCGACACGUUCUGAGACUCCUCAGGUCCAUGCUAUGAGUACUACCACCAUCGCCUCCAUUUCAACUUGUGCACCAAACGUUGAUUAG